AUGAGCGAUGACCAGGACCGGCUCUUGAAUUCGUGUGACUACAUGCCGGUUCUGCAGCGGGAGCUCGUGGCCAAGGGCACAACGUUCACGAACCACUUCGCGACAGUCUCGAAUUGCUGCCCCAGUCGUGCAUCACUCCUCAGAGGGCAGAAUGCACACAAUACCAACAUCACGCACGUUCGGGCCCCGGGAGGAAACUACGAUAAAUGGCUCAGGUCCGGCGAGGAUCACGACUACUUGCCGCAUUGGAUCACGAAGGCGGGAUAUAGAGCUGAAUAUGUUGGUAAAUUCCUCAAUGGGUACAAUACGGUGAACUACAAUGUGGCUCCGAAAGGAUGGGACCACGUGGAUACUCUGGUUGAACCAUAUAUCGGCGAUUACAAUAACCCAGUCUGGGCGCUGAAUGGACAGAGACCCGUCGUCUACAAAGGCUACCACCAAACGGACACGGUGCGAGUGAAGGCCCUUGAUCGUCUCGACUAUCUGACGAGUGAAAACCAGACAGCUCCUUUCUAUCUGACCAUUACCCCAUACGCACCGCAUGUAUCGGGGUCCAACCCGCCAGUGCCACAAUCUCGAUAUAAUGAAUCGUACAGCAACGUAACCGUGCCGCGCUUUGCCAACUGGAACCCACCCGACGAUAUCCAGCAGCAGAAGAGCGUCUUCCUGAAGAACCUGCCGCCAAUGAACAGCACGCAGAUUGAGUAUGCCGACUUUCAGCACCGCCAGCGUCUUCGGUCUCUCCUAGGGGUCGACGAGAUCAUUGAGGAUGUGGUUAAGAUGCUCGAGGAGAAGGGCCAGCUGGAUAACACUUACAUCAUUUACACGACCGACAACGGCUACCACAUCGGUGCCCACAGGCUGCCCGCCGGCAAAGCGCUGCCCUACAUCAUGGACUCCAACCUGCCGCUCUUUGUGCGGGGCCCAGGGAUCCCCGCGGGCGCGACCUCCAGCGUAGCCAGCGCCCAUCUGGACUUUGCGCCCACCUUCCUGGAGAUCAUGGGCGUGCCGCAGGAGCAAUGGCCAAAGUUCCUCGACGGGCGGUCCCUGCUCUCGGAAUGGCAGCAGGACCCGGAUGCCGGGCGGCCGCCCUUGCCGGUGGGCGACGCGCGCGAGAUCAUCAACAUCGAGUUCUGGGGCGACAAGGUGGUCGAGGCGCCGUUCUCCGUGGCGGGUCUGCUGAACAACAACACGUACAAGACGCUGCGGGUCGUGUCCGAGAGCAGCGCGUGGAUGUUCGCCAAGUGGUGCACCAACGAGAUGGAGCUGUACAACACGACGGCGGACCCGUGGGAGGUGCACAACCUGGCGUGGGGCGGCAGGGAGCGGCGCACGCCCGAGGUCCAGCGCGUGCUCGACCGCCUCAACGCCCUGCUCAUGGUGACCAAGAGCUGCGAGGGCGACAGCUGCCGCGACCCGUGGUCGGUGCUGCAGCCGCCGGGAGCCGAGGGGACGCCGGUGGCCAGCCUGACCGCGGCGCUGGACCCCAGGUACGACGAUUUCUACGCCGCCAUCCCCGAGGUGCACUUCGACAGGUGUAUGAUGUACCAGGACGAGGAGAACGAGAAGCCCUUCUACCCGCCGGGCGCUGAGAGAGGGCUCGGGAAGGCGUACCGCAGCCCCACGGAUAACUUUGUCACGACGUCGCCCAACGGGACCACGGUGCCCAGCAAUGCGUCUCCGGCGGGUGGUUGGGACCAGAGAUAUAUCUCGAUUGACCAGCUGAACGCAGUAGGCCGUGAGCUUACCGAUGACGAGCUUGGUCUUACUCCAGGCUUGGUAGCUCGCGAGUACGAUGGCCCUGCCCUCGUGGACUAG